AUGUUUGUUUUUCUCCUGUUGGCGUCUUGUUCGGUCUGUGCUUAUGCAAAGUAUAAUAUAGGCCCAGAAGAGAUAAAGAAUAAAGAUUUAGAGCAUUGGGCUAGACGCCUUAUGCAUAGACAUCUCAAUAACAUGACGGCAGAAAUUGUAAAAGAUGCGCAUUUGAAACUAAAGCAUGCUGAUAAAAUCCAGCAAGAACACAAAGGCAGUAUAGGAUAUGAGCUGGGCACCAUAGCAGCUGGUAUUCUAGAAAGAUUCCUCUUCAUGCUCAAGAUCUACAGAAGGUUAUCCAACAUGGAGGACAUCAAGAAGAAGAAGGAGCCAGUGGGCCAGUUCACAGAUGCCUUGCAAGCUAUGCUUGGCACCUACAACGAAAUCAUUAUGGAGAAAGCAAUGUUCUUCGAUACGCUGAAGCGAUUCGAGAGCAUAGACCCCGACCAGGUGGAGAAAGACCGAAUCUUACGCCUGAUAAGCAGGAAGCCGUCGGUCUUCAAAAACAGGAUCUUCAGGCGUUCGGGGAUUUGGAACCCGGCUGAAGAGCAAUUUGAUAUUAUUGAUUGA